AUGUCCAGCCCAGUGAAGAAAUGCUCUCUCAGCGAGAAGUUACGCACUCCAAAGAAGCAUGUCUGUAGCUUCAUCCCUCCACACAUCCUCAGGAGCAUUGCUACUUCUGAUCGUGCGGACGACGAUAUGAAGACAGCCGCCCGUACCACGCUGGAUAGUAUGGGAUCCGUUCAUGAGCAUCGCCUGAGAGCCCGGACAAUCUAUGACCUGGGGAAUACGAGCAAGCUCCCAGGAAAGGUAGCACGCACUGAAGGCGCAAGCCGCGUCAAAGACCGAGAUGUCAACAACGUCUACGAGGGAUUCAACAACGCAUAUUGGGACGGUGAACGAAUGGUAUUUGGUGAUGGCGACGGGAUUGUUUUCCACGGAAUAUGCAACUCCCUCGACGUGAUUGCUCACGAACUCACACACGGCCUCACCCAGUUCACUGCCAAUUUUGAAUAUGAAGGGGAAUCCGGUGCAUUGAAUGAAAGCAUGUCCGACGUCUUCGCCUGCAUGGUCGAGCAGAAGCAAAUGAAUCAAACGGUCCACCAAGCUGACUGGCUGAUCGGACAAACCAUCUUCCCCGUAGCUUUCAAGGGCACCGCCUUGCGAUCUCUGAAAGACCCUGGAAAUGCCUACGUGAACGACCCCGUCUUAGGCACCGAUCCCCAACCGAAGGACUACGCCAGCCGCGAGUCAGUCAAGCCAACGUCCACAUUCAAGCAGUUUUCGGAAUUGACGGUCCAUGUCGCGAGCAAGCAUGAUUGCGUGGAUGAGGUAACGCAGGCGUGGAAAACGGUCAGCGUUAAGAUGGGCGACAUGAUGAAGACGGUCAAGGGCUGGGGAUUUUAA